AUGCUUUGCAGAUCUAGAAUAUCUUGGAAGACUACUUUUGAAUCAUAUGCCAAGAGGUCUUACUCCAAGAGAUCAUACUCAAGUAGCAUGAAUCAUGGAAAAAAAAGUUUUAAUAGUUACUCAACGUUGGCUCUUAUUGGUGGCUUUGCAUUGGUAGGGGUAGUAAGCUAUGGCUCUUAUAGAUAUGGACGUCAGUCAAUAAUUCUGAGACCUCCAGAAGAUGUCUUUCCGUUAUCGUCUACUACGAGAUUGGAUGAAAUUUCACCUCCUACUUACUGUACUGAUGCCCAAUUUAAAGAAGCAAUAGCGAAGCUCAAAGAAAUACUUGGUAGUGAAAAAGUUUUCGAUUCUCCUGUGGAAAUAGCGCAUCACUCUAGAAAUGAGUUCACGACUCAUGUACCCUUAGAAUAUCAGAAACCAAAAUAUGUGAUUUAUCCAACUUCAACAGAAGAAGUAUCGCAAGCUAUGAAAAUCAUAAACGAAUAUAAUGUUCCCGUAGUCCCAUUUAGUGCUGGAACUUCCCUUGAAGGUAAUUUCCAUUCAACGAGACCAGGGAUUGUUUUGGACACCUCGAGAAUGAACAAAGUAUUGGAAGUGCACUAUGAUGACUUGGAUGCAGUUGUUCAGUCUGGUGUAAGCUGGCAAAUGUUGAACGAUGUGCUAGAACCGUCAGGUCUAAUGUUUGGACCUGAUUGCGGGCCCAGUGGGCAAAUAUCGGGUAUGGUGAGCACCAAUGCAUCAGGUAUCAAUGCAUCGAGAUAUGGUGCCAUGAUCUCGAAUGUUAUAUCGCUUACGGUGGUAUUAGCGGAUGGCACGAUUAUCAAAACAAAGCAAAGACCAAGGAAAACAAGUGCCGGAUACAAUUUAACUGGACUAUUUAUUGGAAGUGAAGGCACCUUAGGAAUAGUCACCGAAGCCACUGUGAAAUUACAUGUCCGGCCAAGGUAUGAGACGGUAGUAGUUGGUCAGUUUCCUACCAUAAAGGACACUACCAACACUGUAGCCCAAUUGUUUAGGGCAGGAUUACAACCAAAUGCUAUAGAAAUGCUUGACGGAGAUAUGAUGCACACAAUCAAUUAUAGUGGCUACUUUUCAAGGGAGUGGCUCGAAUGCCCUACACUAUUUUUUAAAAUUGGAGGUAUCAACAAAAAAGUGGUAGACGAAUAUAUAAGAGAAAUGAAGCAAAUUGCUCUCCAAAAUAAUUGUCAAGAUUUCCUCUUUGCUCGCAAUGAAGAGGAACAAGAAGAGCUAUUCUCCGCAAGAAAAAACGCUUUCUUUGCGAUUUUGAACUACGGUCGCAAUGAAAUUGAUGAGGAUAUCAGACUUUGGGUCACUGAUGUAGCCGUUCCAAUCUCAAAGCUUCCCAUAGUAUUGGAUAAAGUUAACAAACUCAUAAAAUCCUCUGGACUCCAAUCGGUCAUCGUGGGACAUUUGGGCGACGGCAAUUUUCAUGCCGAUCUCUUCUACAAGCCCGACCAGAUGAGUCACUGCGAAAAAGUCGUAAACGAGUUGAUAGACAUUGGUCUCGCCAACGAAGGAACUUGUACUGGUGAGCACGGAGUAGGGAAUACUAAAAGGGUUUUCUUGCUUAAGGAGCUAGGCUCUGAUCCCGUAGACCUUAUGAGAAAAUUAAAAUUUUCCCUUGAUCCCAAAAGACUACUCAAUCCCGAUAAGAUUUUCAAGAUCGACCCUACCGAUGACAGUCCUUACUAA